UGACAACGAGCGCUUCAAGGCAUCGUCCAUAAAUGAGAGUACGUAGCUUGAAGGAUGCAAUGUCGCAACUUGUGAACUGUACCAAAAUACGGAAAGCGGAGCCGUGCAAAGAUACCGCUCCGCUCCGCACCCUACUACCCUUCGCUCUUCCGAGCCGCACCUCGAAAAGUUUAAAGCUCGAGUACUUUGCUGCACCUGUUCCUAAUAUUUUCUUUAACCACCACUUCUUUCUACCAUGAUGUCUUCAUCAUCAUUUACCUUUCCCGAUUCUGCAGCCGGUCUGCAGUCCUUCGAGUCAUUAGCACUCACUACUGUGCCCUCAUCCGAGCACAUGUCGCACUCCGGCAGAGCCAAUAACAAUGCUCCCUCGUAUACCGCUGCCACAACAUCUUGCAAAUUAAAGCGAACUCGGGCAGAUGUCAGUGAUUCACCUGAUGCCGGGUACGAGGGAGGAUGUGAGGGUGCAGGCACCCAGCGAAAGCGUCGCAAAUUGCGAAACUCACAUGCUCCUAUGCCAAAGGCGAAGGGAUGCGUAGGCCUCGGCUUCAUCUUGCCUAGGAACAUGCCUCUCCGCACUGCUAGACGCAACGUUGCGUUGUCAUCUAUCACUUACUCGACUGCAUUGCACGAGGUGGGGAAAACCUACCCUGCUUUGCUGAAACCCUCUGAGUUCCCAACAUCAUACUCGAAUUCCCUACCACCGUUCUCAGAACUGUCGGGAGGCGAUCUCACACAGUAUUCGUUUGUCGGGAUGAAAAUGGUGGGCUUGGGUAUCAGCGUGGACACACCUCCCACAAUGUGCUUGCUGCUGCCCCGCAAUGGGGUAGAGUGCGCCAGAAAAUAAAGACAUGUACAACGUAAUUUCGCU